AUCUAGACCAGCCCAUGACCUCUUAAGCACGUUGUAUCUUGUAAUUCUAAAUAUUCUUUGUUUGGCCCAUCAUAUAUUCAGGACACGAAGUUGUCAACGUGAAAGUCAAAGGGGACAAAUUCCGUUUGCGUGGACACCAAGUUCCAGUCAACACCAUCCAAUGUGGCAUCAAUCAAGCCAAUAAGACCUUACCACGUGCCGUUCCAAGUUUCAGAUAUUUCCAACAUCAGCAAUGGGAAAUCUAAUUAUACUUGGGCACCAAGAUAAAACAAAUCAUGAAACUCCCCGAACCUUCCAGAGCACAUUUUCCCACUUUUUCUUUAAACCCAGACCGAAUGAAAUGAUCAUUCCAGAACCUCACCCAACUCCUUUAUAAGCAUCCUCACCCUUUCCUGAACAAAUUCACACAUAAAUUAGUUUAUUGCCAAGAAGAAUUAACCACUUUCAAAUCUCUUUUUAAAGUCAACUUGUUUCCAGAUUCCAAUUGUAGCCCAAGAUGCCGAGCAGACAUCCAGGAACAAUUAAGCAGGAAUGGGAGCCGGUGGUGCUUCAGAAACCAAGGGCCAAGGCACAAGAUCUGAGGGAUCAGAAGGCGGUGAACCAGGCCCUGAGAUCAGGGGCUCAGGUCCAAACCAUCAAGAAAUUCGAUGCGGGGUCUAAUAAGAAGGCGCCUCCGACCGCCGUGAACGCCAGGAAGCUGGAAGAAGCAGAGGAGCCGGCGGCUUUGGACAGAGUAUCGACGGAGGUGAGACAGGCAAUUCAGAAAGCGAGGAUAGAGAAGAAGUUGAGCCAAGCUGAUUUAGCUAAGCAAAUAAACGAGAGACCACAGGUGGUUCAGGAGUAUGAGAACGGGAAGGCUGUGCCUAAUCAGGCUGUUCUGGCUAAGAUGGAGAAGGUCUUGGGUGUCAAGUUAAGAGGAUUGAAGAAAUAAAGCGGCCGACUUAGUUAGGGUUAAUUGGUUAAAAUGGUGUCCAAUUUGAUGAUUUGAUUUGAAUGUUCUGUUCUUAGUUGUCACAUUAGUGUCUGAAGAGGAAUGGAUUUCAGAUGUAAAUUUGAGGAUGCUUUUGCUAAAACAAGAGCUAAAUCAAAAUUUAUCUGACAUGCUUCCGUCUGUUUCUCCGAUCCGAAAAGGAUGUCUAAAAACUUUGUACAUAUUGUUCCGCAAUGUCAAUUAUUAUGGAAAUUAGCUUCUAUGUGGUGAAUCUUCCCCUUAAAUCUUUAUAUUCUUUUUACUUUUUUGAUGGUUAUGGUUGAUUGAAAUGAAUGAACAACCAUUAUAUUCUUUUUACAUUUUUCUUUUCUUUUUGUAUAUAAUCUUCAUCAACAAAUGGUGGGGUUUUUUUUUUU